ACGAACAGCAUGAUGGGAUAUGAGAGUCCUCCGGCGGCGCGUUGCCGCCAUGUCACCUAAAGAGAAACAUUUAGCGCUUCUUUUUCUUGUGGGUUUUGCUACUCUUACUAUUUAUUGUUUUCCCACUUUUCUUUACGCGGCUUUAAUCCUCGCAGGUUUCUAUAUUGUGUCGUACUAUCGCAGGCGAGGGCCGAUUUCCGUCCAGUUAGGCCUUGGUCCGCGAGCUGGACUAAACGUUCAAACAGUGCUCCAGCGCUGGAUUUGGGGUUUGGGGGUAAACAGUGUGUCGGAAGCCCAACAGAGAAGAACGAGGGUUACUGGCAACAAAACGAAGAUCCAAGAGACAGAGGGACCCUUCAAACCACGAUUUACUGAACCUGCGGUUUAUCGACGGGAAGCUUUGGCAAGUGACUCUUUUCUUUUCAGUCCCCGGGAUUUCCUCAUGGGGAGUUACAUCGGAAAACCCGAGAGUCCAAACUGUGGAACCGUAAGACCAAACACCGGCAGAAAUUAUAGAGAGGAACUGCGGGAAAAACUGUCCCGACCAAACCAUGCUGUCUACACUCCCAACAGGAGGCUGUCAUUUACAGGAGAGUCCCUGGGCUCAACGGGCAGAUUUUCCAUAGCCCCUCAGCGUCACUACCCCCUGCAGCAAGGAGGAUUUUCCUCAGUCGGAGUCUUACCCCCUGUUCGAUGGAAUGGCUUCAGACAGAAAAACAUCCUCAGCCCACGAAAUACAGCUGCUGUCAGUCCUGUUACUGUGAAGAUUGCCAGGCCCGACCACAGCACUCCCAGUUUUGACCAUCUGAGUUUUCUGGAGCUCCCCCAGGCUGAAGCUGACCCCUGCUCCAGAGAAAGUGUCCUCAAGGUGCUGAAGGAAAGCCGUAAGAGAGAGGUGGAGGAUGAGGACAGAAGCUUCACAUCUGAGCAGAAAAGCAAAAGAAGGCGUAAUGACAGUGGUGGAAGUACACAGUCUGCCUUUGAACCUCUCCUACCCAAUGGAACAUCAUCCCAAUUGGUCCCCAAGCCAGGAAGCUUGAAAAGAGGGAUGACCUCAGUGGCAGAGGAGACCACCAUGAAACGGUCUCGCACCUCAUCCAUCAGCUCUGGCAGUGGGGUCCAUACUUCCAGAGGUAUUUCAGGCACAAGACGAAACCCUAUCUACAGCUCCUACAGUUCUUCACAAGGCCUCAGUCAGUGGAAGAAACCAUCAGCGCCCAGCCCUCCUUUGUCCAGCCCUGGAUCCUCUCGCUCUCAGACUCCUGAAGGAGUAUCCAAAAGACCAAGAGAGGACGAGGGGCAGUCACCCAGUUCAGCAUCCUCUGUGAGAUCUGACCUGACAACCUCAGACAAGCUAUCUGCCAUCUUGAAACCGACUGCAGUCCCCAAGGCCCCAGCCACAACUUCCACAGACUCAACUAAUAGUGGUGGGAAGAGGAAACGCAAAAUCCAGCUGGUGUCCAGCCACAGAGAUGACCAACUUUCUCUACCUCCACCCCCUCCUGAGCUAGGCUACAGCAUUACAGUACAAGACCUGGAUGAAGAAAAAAGGGCUGCCAUCAGCAAGAUCCAGAAGGUCCUAGAAACACCUGCUCCACAGCCAGAGGAUGUUUCACCACCAGCUUCCACCUCCAGUCAGUCCUCCUCUACCAGUUCCACCACCACCCUUAACAGCCUCCUGACAGCUCCUCUGCCCAAAGCCUCCAGCUCUGGCAUCCCAGUUAUCAACCUCGAUCCCAUUCCAACCACCAGUACUGGAACUACACCUGCACCCUCCAACCCACUGUUGGAGUCCCUGAAGAUGAAGAGCAGCAUUCCAACUGCAUUCACAUCUGCAGCUACCACCGCUACAGUGUCAGCAACAUCCACCCCAGCAGAACUCUGCUCAUCAUUGAAGACAUCAGCUCCAGAGAAUCCUCCUGUACUCCCCCCUUCCUCCCAGUGUCAGGCGCCAUCAGCCUUCACUCAGGUGUUGGGCCAGGUCUCCAAGACUUCCAGCAACACCACCACUUCUGUUACAGGAUCCAGCCUGUUUGGACUGCCCAACCAAAGCACAAGCAUUGCUUCCUCUUCCUUGAACACAAUAACAGGUGCUACUGCCCCAUCCAGCAGCUCUGAGUCGGUCAGUAACACCAACCCAUUGCUGGUAUCCGGGUUCAAGCCCAUCUUUGCCGUCACAACAACCUCAGCCACCACAGUUGCAGAGAGCAAACCUCAGGUCCAAAGCUUCAAGCCCAUAUUUGGAAUCCCUACAGAAAGCUCUGCAUUUGGAAAGUCCCCAUCUGUCACAGUUUCUAACUCAGCCCCCACUGUAACAAGUACAUCCUCAGUGUUUGGAUCAACAAGCACCACAGCUGCACAGUCUGAUGUUCCUGUCCUGACAAACACCUCCACUUUAACAGUAUCCACUAGCUCAGUUGCCACCACCCAGCCUACAGUCCAACCAGGUGCAGAAUCUGUCUUUGGAAACUGGUCCACACCAUCCACAACAAGUACAAGCUCCACCUCUGUGCAAGUGCCCACUACCGGCAGCGCCUUUCAGUUUGGAACUGGUACCACCACUAGUGGGAGUGGAGCCUCAUCUGUUAAUACCACAACGUCCACUAACAGCACCUUCACAUUUGGUGUUACUCAGUCAACUGCUAGUCAAAAUUUGUUUACGUUUGGCCAGGCAGUUCCAAGCCAGAAUACAACCUCUGCUUCACUUGGAGGCUUUGGUUUAAGCAGCACAGUCUCCACAACUGCCACCUCCACCCAGUCCACUUUCAGCUUUGGAAAGUCAUUAUUUGAAGUGUCUCCUGCACCAUCAACCUUUGGGUCUACUACUGCAGCCCCACCAAAACCAUUCACUUUUGGAGGUGCUGGAGCAUCAUCCACACCUAUUUCGAACCCUGCCCCUUUCACUUUUGGGACUCCUGCCACCACAGCAUCCACCUUCGGGACUCCAGCUAAACCAGUAUUUGGAACAGGUUCAGGCAAUUUCACUUUUGGUGGCACUACUGUUCCUCAGGCAGCACCAAGCUUUGGCGCACCAACCCAGACUCAGAGCUCAUCCUCUACUACAUUCCCCUUCACCAGCACUGUUUCUCAGCAGCCGCCUCCUGCGAACUCUCAGUCUGCAAACACUGGAUUUAACUUUGGAGCUUCCAUUUCAUGCCCACAGUUUGGAGGACUUGUUCAAAAUAAUUCUGCACCUCAGAUGGGAAGUUUCAAGUUUGGGGCUGCUGGUACUACUGACAAACCAGUGUUUGGAACAUCCACCCCAUCGUUUGGCCAGAGUACUGCUGCUGGUCCAAUUUCCUUUGGAAGUCCUGGGACUCCUGUUCAAGGCUUCACUGCGGCCCCUUUUGGUUCCCCUGCUACUCCAUCAUUCUCCAUUGGGGCCGGAUCCAAGCCAUCUGCAGCGCGUCAGAGGCUGCAGGCACGAAGGCAACACAACAGGAAGAAGUAACCUACCAUCACAUGAGCACAGCUCCUGUUACUAAUGGUAAUCUGGCUAGUGUUGCUAAACCUAGAGUCCCCUAACCAGGCUGCCACUUGGCCCUAUGCUUCCUGUCCCUCCUCCAGUGCUGGACUCAGACAUUAUGUAUGCAGAGGGGUCAGACAGAGCACAGCUCAAUGCUGGGAUUAUGCUGCCUGAACAUGUCCCAGCAGUGAAUGAAGCUGUGAACAGAUUGGAUGUACUUUACUUGAAGAGAGAAGAAACCAGUGGUUUAGUUUGUUUCUUAGCAAAAGCAUAUCCAAAGUUGUCUUUCUUUUCCAGUAUCCAGUGUGAGCCUGCUCAUUGUUUUGUCUUAAGGAGAAAAUUGAAUCAGGUGGAUACGCCAAACCUCGACAUUUAUUUUCUUACAUGAAGCACUCACCAGUUUGUAUGCAAUUGAAUAUUUGAAACUGAAAGUGUGUAAACAGGGAGAAAUGCAAAUUCAGACACAUUUCAAGGGACAACACAACAGAUGAAAGGCCAUGUAUGUGCAUUAGAAUCCUGUUUCUGAAUUGACUAUCUGACUGUGUAGAUGACCCAUGUGUUUCUUGAAGGCGCAACAUAUGACAUGUAAACUCUGUUUAAAAUUAUAACCAUUCCCAAAGCUGUUUCGAAAGUGAUAAUAUGGUGAUUCCUAUUACUGGUGUAAUUAUCAGGUCAAUACAAUGACCACUUCUGACAGUGAAUUCUUUAUCCUGAUGCCUGUGAAAAGAAGCUCUGGUGUUCAUCGUAGCUUUAAAUCUUCAUAUGUAUUUUGUCCCAAACUACCUCGACUGCCAGGCGCUGAAUCCGUGUUUGUUCACUGAAAAAUCUCCAAUCUGUGCCAAGUCAGGCUUCUGUUCAUGAUACUUAAUUUGCACCAACCAGAAAUCUUUAUUUUGUUUUUUUUCCCUCCUCUCCACACUAACGUAUCUGAAAUAUUAGUACCAAUGAACAAAUGUGACAAAAUACAGUAAUUGAUGUAGGAAUUUGGGUCAUACAUAUGCCAUGAUUACGAUUUAAAACAGCAGUAAAUACACUGUCAGCAGUCUGUCACCUCUUGGUCAUUGUCAAAUCUCCUGGGGAAAGUGAGCUGUAUCUGAUGCAGUUUUUGUGAAUAAUUUUGAAGAAAUAAAGUCUGAAAUUGAACACUUAUGUUCAAACAUGACCACAAA